CACACACACAUACACAAAAGCGUCCCUGCCAUUCAGAGCAGCAGCUGCGGCACAGGAGGAUUUUUUUUAAAACUCAGCAACAAUGAGUGAAUCACUGGUGGUGUGUGAUGUGGAUGAAGACCUGGUGAAAAAGCUAAGGCAGUUCCGUUUCCGGAAGGAGACCAACAAUGCAGCCAUCAUCAUGAAAAUUGAUAAAGACAAGCAGCUUGUUAUUCUUGACGAAGAACAUGAGGAUAUCUCUCCUGAUGAACUGAAGGAUGAACUGCCUGAGAGACAGCCAAGAUUCGUCGUCUACAGUUAUAAGUAUCAACAUGAUGAUGGACGUGUUUCUUAUCCGCUCUGCUUCAUCUUCUCCAGUCCACUUGGUUGCAGACCAGAGCAGCAGAUGAUGUACGCAGGAAGCAAAAACAAGCUGGUGCAAACUGUUGAGCUGACCAAGGUGUUUGAGAUCAGGAACACAGAGGACCUGACAGAAGAAUGGCUCAGGGAGAAACUCGGCUUUUUCCGCUAAAGUAACCACCUCGAGGUAUGGGGUGCGAGGAGGAUCCAGCUUGCACAACUCGUGUCAUCUCUCAAGGAGAACACACACCACAGUUAAUGUUUCCCUCCUCUGUGCAUCAGACCUGAUUUAAAUAGUGUUUGUAAAUACUUCUUGCUCUGUUUUAGGCAUCCAUGGUGGCGUUUACAGCAUAUUACAGUUCAGUUUGUGCCAGAAGGUUCAGACAGUUGCAAGAGUUCAAGUACUUCUCUGUGACUGUCAACAGUUACGGCACAAAUUAAACUUUGCCCAUCUGGCAGCCUAAAACGGCAAAUAGUAUUUGACGCAGGUCUGUGUUUGUCUCCCAUACAAUCUCUCCAUGUGCCAGUGAUGUGUCUGUGUUGAAUUAACACUCCCAUAGUUCUUGAAGUGGAAAGAAGUCGAUCCGCCCCUCCAAAGCAUGCUCAUUCAAGAGAACUUUAAGGCUUCGUAACAACACUUUGUUUUAGUUUACACUCAGUUUUGUUCUUUCUCUUGUUUUUGUUUUUUUUUUGUUUGUUUUUUUUGGCAACUUGGAAUCUACUCAGUUUAAUCUUUUUAUCUUUUUCACUUUCACAAUUUGAGGGAGUCUUAUUUUUUGUUUUUUUUUUUUAUCUCUUGUGUAUGUAGUUUAGGUUUAUAUUUACUUUAGAGCAUUAAUUUCCUGUUCCUUCCAGCCAGAUCAUUCAAACAAUCAUAGCUGCAAUCCAUAAAAACACUACUGGGGUCUAUCUUAGCUUCUCCUUCAGUAUUCACUCAAGGACAUUCAAAUAAGUUUCAUACAAUAGUCACUUCUAGAAAGGACAAUAAGACUAAUACUAAUACUGACACAUUAAGUGUGUUUAUCUGCGCACACAAACAAGCCAACAGUUGCACGACGUGGGGCUUAUUGUUUAGUAGAUUAAGCCCCGUUAGCUUGUCAUCAGAUAGUUUUAUGUCCGUUUAGGGAAAAAAUGCUUUGUGGAGACUUUGAUAAACAAUCGAGGGAACAGUAUUUCCACUGCAACAUUCCAGAUGUGAACAUUUCUGCACAAAACUUUAGUCUGUUGCGACUUUGACAUCGAUGAUGGCGACACUGGACACAUGUUGGUAUCGCCUGCCCUCUUUUUAAUCUACUGGGCCAUUCUCUUUAACUGGGGAACUGUAUCUUUUGGGAGUUUAACUGUUAUUGUGAAUUAUAGCUCUUACUGUUAUUGUGGUAAUGAAUGUUGUGCUUAAUUCUGUCGUAAAAGCCACUUUUCAUUGCUUUGUGGCUGUUGCAGAUUAAGAAUGAUGCUGCGACUCUUCCAAAUGCCAGUAGUGCUACGUGUUUAGACUUGGUAGGUAAAAGCAGAAUGUAGGUCAUUUUCCAUACAGAAUAAACCAUGUAGCUUCUUCUGAAUGCAGAUUCUGAUAUGCAUGCAUUGAAUGUGGCAGCUGCUUAUAUUUUGUGCCAAUUUCUAAAGUCUGUAAGUGUUCAUACGGUUACUUUUUUUUUUUUUUUUUACUGAAAUGAGUCUGUAUGCUGACUCAGAAAGCAGGAUUUAGGCUUUCAGCUAAUGUGAAGCACACAUUUAAAACAAUAGAAAUGUGUUACUGACCAAUAUUUGUCUGGUACUUUUCUCAAAGACAAAAAUUUAACUCGUUUCAUGGUUAAAAUCCUGUAAAAUGGCUACUUAAACCCAGAAAAGUUCCAGGAUAAGCAGCUCCAGCGUUAAAAAAGCUGCAUAUUUUAGCAAAUAACAUUAAAUAUGAUUUAAUGCUACAUUCUGUUUUAAAUUAAAUUUCAUUAAUCACUUAAGUGGCAGAUUUUUUAUUGUUGUGAAGAACAUAAUAUUAGUUUGGUAUAUUGAUCCCUCAGAAAGAAUAAUAGCCACAAAUGAACCCCACAUCUCAUCAGUGUCGUUUUUGAUUCAUAGUUUUUGGAAAUGGAUGAGGGCGAGUAGGAGCUACUUCUACCAUACCCCCAACUUUUUUUGUUUUAAAUAUGACGAGUCCAAAAUAAAAAUACGACAAACAUGUUUGUUGUGGAAGCAGAACACAGACAAAGAUUAGUGACUUUCUUUUCUUAAAGUCCAAAAACAAUCUUUUCUUAAGCAUUAUGAUAAAUAUUAAAACACUAUUACUGAUCCCAGAGAACUGACUCAAAUAUACGUACGCACAAUCAAGCCAUUUUUCUACACUACACAGCAAUUUUACAUGUAAAGAGCGGGAUGAGGUUUAAUCCAACUGGUGCAAGGGGACAUAACUGUAAUCUCUUGUUUUGAUAUCUACUGAUAACAUUAAAGCUAAGAUUUACACUGUCAGCCUCGUGUUAGCCAGUAUGAUGCUGCAGCAGCACAAAAUCAUAAUUCCAGCACGAAUAACCGCCAUGUUUUUAAGAUUUUAUUUUCUACAGCUCAAGUUGUACACUAUCCUGCUUUUUUAAGCAGUAAAUUUUGAAAAAGAAAUGGUCUGAAAUGGACAUUAUGAAACAAUAGAAAUGAUUUUGAUCAACGCAGUACAGGCUAACUUUGAGGCAUGCAAUGCACUGGUUUUGAUGUGAAUAAAAAUGUGUGUAUCGGUUAUAUUCCUCAAAUCUCCCAAACCUCUAAAAUGUGCAUCUAAAUGCAUUCUUUAGAGAAUUUAACAGUUUCCUCAUGACAUACCUAAAACCUCACUGCUCACUUGUAUGAAUUAUUUGACUUAUAUAUGUUUGAUUUGCACAGGAAGUCUUUAAACAUCUGGUUGGUUGAACAUCAGCUGUGUUCUCACUCUGUCUGAAAAAUAAGUAGUUUCUUUAAGAUGAACUCUGCUUUUGUUAUUCUUAGUGGAAAUGAGCUUUAGUAACUGUCCAUGUGUUACAGGCUCUAUGUGAGGCCUGCUCAGCUACGUUUUUGAGCUUUGUUUCUGGUUAUAUCCUGUGGAUCUCACAGCUUUUUCUCCUUAUGUGGUGAAAAUUAGUGCAUUUAGGCCUUAUCAGUCUUUACUUUAACCUGCAAAUGUGUAGUUUAGCUCGGUGAGUGUCCUUUCUGAUCAAAUGCCUUUUCUAUUUCCUUUCCUUUUUACUAAAAACACCUGAAAUGUCUAUCAUAACCAGCUGCCUCGUGGCGUCAGUGAAACUUGAGAUAUUUGUAUUUUCCCAUACUUUAUAAAGGUGUCUAUUGUCCUGUUGCUCAAAUAAAAUGACAGUGAUGUCUA